AUGGAGGAUUCCACCCGCCUGGGCUACUGCGUGGUGGCCGCCAGCUUCGUGGCCUUCCAGUUCUGCUUCUCGGCCGCCAGCCCCCAGCUCUCCCUGUCGCUCUGCCCCGGCUACUCCGCCCUCCCCCCUGUCAAGCGGAGUGAGUGGAACUCCAGAUGUGUCUCCACUGUGCACGCAAUGGUGGUCGGCCUCUUCUGCCUGUACAUCCUGUGGUACGAUGACGCCGUCAACGCCAACCCCAUCUGGGGGGAGCCCCGCCUGGUCAAGCUGAAUGUCGCCAUCACCUGCGGCUACCUGCUGUAUGAUCUGUUGUUGCUCAUCCGCUACUGGAGGACCCUGGGAGAUUCUCUCUUUGUGUGUCACCACCUGGCGGCGCUGUAUGCCUACGGAUACGUGCUGAGCCGUGGGGUCCUGCCCUAUUUUGCCAACUUCCGGCUCCUCUCAGAGCUGUCCACGCCCUUCGUGAACCUCCGCUGGUUCUUGGACACGGUUGGCUGGCCCCGUUCCUCCUGGCUGGCCCUGGCCAACGGCCUGGCCAUGACCAUGGUGUUCUUUGUGGUGCGCAUCGCCGUCAUCCCCAGCUACUACGCGCAGGUCUUCGCCUGGUACGGCACUCCCGAGUACGGACGCCUGGGCCUGAGCGUGCAGCUGGCCUGGAUCGGGCCCAGCCUGGCUCUAGAAGUGCUCAACGUGGUCUGGAUGUAUCGCAUCACCCGUGGCUUCUACCGGGCCUUCUGCCAGCCCAAACCCCACAAGACAGCAUGAAGACAGAGCACCGGUGGCGGCACGUGCCUGACAACACCAGGGCAGAGCUGGAGGCCGUCUCUGAGUUAUUUCCGAACUCCUAGGACUUUACCACUGGGGCCGGGCAAGGACCUCCAGGCCCGUAGAAUGGGGGCAUUCGGUCUUCUGUUCCGUCGGAAGGAGAGCUUUGCCAUCCUGACCAGACUUGGCCACUGAGUCCGGGAGGGGGGCAUCUGUCCGUGUGGUGAAGAUGGACUCUCUCCCAGCAGCAUCUGACA